AUGGACACUACCUUUCCGGACUAUGACGAUCUUCCGUCCGUUGAGGGCAUCUCGGAGCCUUGCGCUUGGGGUCUCUUCAGCCGCAACGGUGAAAAAGACCUAUAUGGCUGUCUACACAAGGUCACUCCUGACAUCAUCAGGGAAGCUACCGCUGAAGUAAAGGAUGGUGUCAGCAUCUCUCUAAACCCGCACGCAAUCAAAGUUCGAGAGAUUGAAGAGAUUGCUAGGGAACAGGGCGUAACGUUUAAACAAGGCGAUGUUAUCAUCAUUCGCACUGGCUACACCGAUAUAGUCGGCGCUGCGGAGCCAGAGGAGCAGGAGGCGAUGAUCAAUACCGGCAUGAGUGCGGGUGUUGAGGGUUCCAUAGAUGCCGUGAAGUGGUUCUGGAAUACCCACUGUUCGGCUGUCGCGAGUGAUAGUGUCGGUUUCGAGGUGCUGCCGGCCACCAAGGACGGCGUUAUCGGGGCCGGAGGGUCCCCUGAUCUAGAACUGUAG